ACGCUAGGAAGGAGAAGGCCUGGGUUGCGUGUUGCGUCAUCACUACGCGCUCCGCAGCUUGCUCGGCGCUGUCUUGAAAGGCCCCGGCCAGGAUACCGUCUUCUCCCGCUAGGGAUUGUUUUGUUCUUUCCCACCUUUGUUACAACGCGGAGCCUGCGAGGCUCUAGUUCAUUGAAAGCUGUCAGCCCCCCCCUUCAGGGAGGUGGUUUCUUAUCAAUAUGAAUCUUUUCAACUUGGACCGUUUUCGCUUUGAGAAAAGGAGUAAGAUCGAGGAAGCUCCCGAAGCAGCCCCUCAGCCCCCCCAGCCCGGUCCAUCGUCACCAAUUUCUCUUAGUGCUGAAGAGGAGAAUGCUGAAGGGGAAGUUAGCAGGGCAAACACCCCAGACUCAGAUGUAACUGAAAAAACAGAAGAUUCUAGUGUUCCAGACACUCCAGAAAAUGAAAGAAAAGCAAGUUUAUCAUAUGUCCAAAAUCAAAGUGGAAUACAGUAUAUUGACUUGUCUUCUGAUAGUGAAGAUGGUUCCCCAAAUUGUUCCAGUACGGUUCAAGAGAAAAAAUUCAACAAAGACACAGUGAUCAUAGUUUCAGAGCCAUCUGAAGAUGAAGAGUCCCGUGACAUUCCUUCUGUUACACAAAGAAAUGAUAUUUCAGAACUGGAUGACCUUUCAGAAUUGGAAGAUCUUAAAGAUGCUAAGCUUCAGACAUUGAAGGAGCUUUUCCCACAAAGAAGUGACAGUGAUCUCCUAAAGUUGAUUGAAUCAACAAGCACCAUGGAUGGAGCCAUUGCUGCUGCCUUGCUGAUGUUUGGUGAUGCAGGUGGUGGACCCAGGAAAAGAAAAUUAUCUUCUUCUUCUGAGGCAUAUGAGGAGGAUGAAUUUAAUGAUGAUCAGUCUUUAAAAAAGCCACGAGUGGAUCGUGGAGAAGAAUCAAAAGAGUCUGCAGAAGCUAGCACCAAUUGGGAGAAGCAGGAAAGUAUUGUGUUGAAGUUACAAAAGGAAUUCCCAAACUUUGAUAAACAGGAACUAAGAGAAGUUCUUAAGGAGCAUGAGUGGAUGUACACAGAAGCCUUGGAGUCUCUUAAAGUGUUUGCUGAAGAUCAAGACACCCAGAGUGCUUCACAAAGUGAGGUUAUGAAUGGAAAAGAAGUUGCAAGGAAUCAGAAUCAUUCUAAAAACACAGCUAAAACAAAAAUGAAACAGAAAGUUUCUGUGAAAACACAAAAUGGCUUUAACAAGAAACGUAAGAAAAAUGUAUUUAAUCCUAAGAAAGCUGUAGAGGACUCUGAGUACGACUCGGGCUCUGAUGUGGGGAGCUCCCUGGAUGAGGACUACAGCAGUUGUGAGGAAGUGAUGGAGGACGGCUAUCGAGGGAAAAUUCUCCACUUCCUUCAAGAUGCUUCAAUUGCUGAACUGACUUUAAUUCCUAAGUGUUCUCAGAAAAAGGCUCAGAAAAUAACAGAACUCCGGCCCUUUAAUAGUUGGGAAGCUCUGUUUACAAAGAUGUCCAAAAUCAAUGGCUUAUCUGAAGAUUUGAUAUGGAGUUGUAAAACGGUAAUUCAAGAAAGAGAUGUAGUUAUAAGACUUAUGAAUAAAUGUGAAGACAUUUCAAAUAAAUUGACCAAACAAGUUACCAUGCUCACUGGAAAUGGAAGCGGAUGGAACAUAGAACAGCCCUCCAUUCUAAACCAAAGUUUGCUACUUAAGCCCUAUCAGAAGGUUGGUUUGAAUUGGCUGGCAUUGUUGCAUAAACAUGGACUUAAUGGCAUUUUAGCAGAUGAAAUGGGCCUAGGAAAAACCAUCCAAGCCAUUGCAUUCCUGGCAUACCUCUUUCAGGAGGGUAACAAAGGGCCUCAUUUGAUUGUUGUUCCGGCCUCAACCAUAGAUAACUGGUUAAGAGAAGUUAAUUUAUGGUGCCCCAGUUUAAAUGUGCUCUGUUAUUAUGGUUCUCAAGAAGAACGUAAACAAAUUAGAUUCAAUAUCCAUAAUAAAUAUGAAGAUUACAAUGUAAUUGUUACUACGUAUAAUUGUGCAAUCAGCAGCUCUGAUGACCGUGGUCUCUUUCGACGGCUAAAACUGAAUUAUGCAAUUUUUGAUGAAGGCCAUAUGCUGAAGAAUAUGGGCUCUAUCCGCUACCAGCACCUAAUGACAAUUAAUGCAAAUAACCGCUUACUGCUCACGGGCACACCUGUGCAGAAUAAUCUGCUAGAACUCAUGUCAUUGUUGAAUUUUGUUAUGCCACACAUGUUUAGUAGUAGCACCAGUGAAAUCCGAAGGAUGUUUUCUUCUAAAACGAAACCAGCAGAUGAGCAGAGUAUAUAUGAAAAGGAGAGAAUAGCACACGCAAAGCAAAUCAUAAAGCCUUUUAUUCUCAGAAGAGUGAAAGAGGAGGUUCUUAAGCAGCUGCCUCCCAAGAAGGAUCAGAUUGAGCUUUGUGCAAUGUCAGAGAAGCAGGAGCAACUCUACUCCAGCCUUUUCAACAGAUUGAAAAAGUCUAUCAACAACCUGGAGAAAAACACAGAAAUGUGCAAUGUCAUGAUGCAAUUGAGAAAAAUGGCCAAUCACCCUUUACUACACCGCCAGUAUUACACAGCUGAGAAGCUGAAGGAGAUGUCUCAGCUAAUGCUGAAGGAACCUACACAUUGUGAGGCUAACCCUGACCUGAUCUUUGAAGACAUGGAAGUUAUGACAGACUUUGAACUACAUGUACUUUGUAAACAGUAUCGACACAUUAAUGAUUACCAGUUAGAUAUGGAUUUAAUUUUAGAUUCUGGCAAGUUCCGAGCCUUAGGAUGCAUCUUGUCUGAGUUAAAACAGAAGGGUGAUAGAGUUGUGUUAUUCAGCCAGUUUACCAUGAUGCUGGAUAUAUUAGAGGUUCUCUUAAAGCAUCAUCAGCAUAGAUACCUCCGAUUAGAUGGAAAGACUCAGAUUUCUGAAAGGAUUCAUCUAAUUGAUGAAUUUAAUACAGAUAUGGAUAUCUUUGUAUUUCUCUUGUCAACCAAAGCUGGUGGGUUAGGAAUAAAUCUGACUUCAGCAAAUGUUGUUAUACUUCAUGACAUUGACUGUAAUCCAUACAAUGACAAACAAGCAGAAGACAGGUGCCAUAGAGUUGGUCAGACUAAAGAAGUAUUAGUUAUUAAAUUAAUAAGCCAAGGAACUAUUGAAGAGUCCAUGCUAAAAAUUAACCAACAGAAGCUGAAACUAGAGCAAGACAUGACCACAGUAGAUGAAGCUGAUGAAGGAAGUAUGCCAGCAGAUAUAGCCACGUUACUAAAAACGUCAAUGGGUCUGUGAAAGGAAAACUCAGAAUUCCUGACUGAUGAGGAGGUAUCAACUUGGUGCACUCAAGGCCAUUCACAUCGCAGUGACCAUGGGGUUUAUGAGCAUUUGUAACUUUUUAUAAUUUCAUGUUGCAUUUCUCAUAGUAUGGACAACUUUUUGCCACUAACUGGAUUCUCCAGACAUUCACAUCCUGAAGAUGCUGAAUAAUCAUUUUACAAAGCAGUUUUCUGAAUGGGGAUUAGUUGGUGAUUGUUUGUAACAAAUAUGCUAAUGCUUUAGAAAUGUCAGUAUUUUUGUAAUUAUUUCUACCUCCAAAUAUAUAUAUAUAUAUAUAUAUAUUGUCUUUCACUGGAUACUGUGUGUAGAUUUACAUGUGCCUUAUUUGACAAUGCUUAUGUCUUGUUUUUGCCUGUCUCAUUUGAAGUUUUUAUUGUUAAAAAAUGCAGCAGUAUAGGUUGUUUAGCCUUCAUUUUAUUGCUAUUUGAAGCAGAUGUUCACCAAUGUCAGUAAGAACUCAGCCUGAAUCAAAAGGUGGCAUUCCAUCUACUAACAUCCCCAGGUCCUCUUCCUCCUUCUGGUAACACACGUUUGGCUAGGCACUAAGUUGUUUUCCAGUGAGUAGUGACCUGAUCCUUUGUCCUGCUCUG